UUAAAAAUUACUGUUCAUUUCAAUUUGUAGUUCAUUUAGUAACGAGGGCCACUGUUGUUUUGUAUUUCAGAAGCCUCACCUGUGUUCAAUCAUGAUUCGGGGCAUCUGUCCCAUGUGUGUUCUUCUCUUUGCGCUCCUCUUUGUGUGCAUGAGCGCACGUCCUGACUCACCUGGCCGAUCACGGCGUGCUCCUGCUGCCAAAGUGCGACUGGCAGGUAGCAGCCAGAGAGAAAAUGAGGGACGAGUUGAAGUCCUGCACAACGGGACAUGGGGCACCGUAUGCGAUGACGAGGUCGACAUUAAACUCGCUGAUGUGGUUUGCAGGGAAUUGGGUUUCCAAAGUGGCUUAACAUGGGCACACAGUGCCAAGUAUGGAGAAGGAGAAGGCCCUAUCUGGAUGGAUAAUGUGAGGUGUGAAGGAACGGAGAAAACUCUGAAAGACUGCAAGUCGAACGGGUGGGGUGUUCAUGACUGCAAACACACUGAGGAUCUCGGGGUGGUCUGUAGUCCGGAGAGAAGGCUAGAUCAAGUGCAUCCUGGAGUCACCAUAAGAGGGCACACCAUUGCUCUCAGACCAAAUGCAGUCACCUCAAACCGUUGGCAGGACAUUUACUCCAGUUCAAGGACACCUGCACAUCUCCGACAAGGAAAUGGACAUUCCCAGGAUCAUACCAGUUGGGAUCAAUUCUCCAGACAGCAGUUUCAUAAUCCGUCUGCCAGUAGGGUAAGGAUCGAGGAAGUCCGUCUCAAGCCGAUCUUGAUGGUCACAAAGAAGCAUGCCCUUGUCACGGAGGGUGUGGUGGAAGUAAAGCAUGCUGGGAGAUGGAGACAGGUGUGUGAUAAAGGCUGGAGUCUGAACAGCAGCAGAGUUGUGUGUGGGAUGCUUGGCUUUCCUGAUGCGGAGCAGCCCAACAUGAACACCUACAAAAAAAUAUGGGAUAAGAAAGUCAAGGAUACAACAACCAGACUGAGUCAGAUGACCAAGAAGAAGGGAUUCUGGGUGGAGAAAGUACAUUGUCUGGGCACAGAGCCCAGCCUGGCGGAGUGCCAUGCCCAGCUGUCAAUCCCUCGGAGCCCCACCCCCUGUAAGAACGGACGCCAUGCAGUGGCCCGCUGUGUCCCGGGACCACAGUUUGCUCCUUUGUCCUCUGGCAGACCCCAAGCACCUCACCCUGCAGAGCUGUCAGUGCGUCUAAAGGCUGGACCACGCCUGGGAGAAGGAAGAGUCGAGGUUCUCCGUGAGGGGAAGUGGGGAACUGUGGUUGACCACCGGUGGGAACGGAUCUCAGCUAGUGUGGUCUGUAGAGAGCUGGGCUUUGGCUCUGCCAAAGAGGCUCUUACCGGAGCAUACAUGGGUCAAGGGACAGGGCCGAUCCACAUGAGUUCAGUGCAGUGCACUGGCACAGAGCGCUCUAUUUUGGAUUGUUAUUUCCAGGAAGUCCCUCCCUGGACAUUCAAACACAGCCAGGAUGCUUCUGUCAAAUGUUAUGUUCCUAAGACAGGCGUGGAGACUAUGGUGCGGUUGGCGGGGGGCAGGGAACCGGCCGAGGGUCGUGUGGAGGUGCUAAUGGAGGUGGGGGGCAGAAAGCGUUGGGGGACGAUUUGCAGUGAAAACUGGGGAAUAAAUGAAGCCAUGGUGGUAUGCAGGCAGCUGGGCUUUGGUUUUGCCGCACAUGCCCAUCAGGACACAUAUUACUGGCAAGGUGACCCAGCGGCAGAAGAAGUAUUGUUGAGUGGGACUCACUGUGUGGGAACUGAAAUGUCCAUCCAGCAGUGCCGCCAAAAUAGUUACAUCCACUGCCCUCGAGGAGGCGGAGCUAAAGCAGCGGGUGUCACCUGUUCUGAAACGGCACCUGAUCUGGUUUUGGAUGCACAGCUCGUGCAGGAGAGCGCUUAUCUGGAAGACAGGCCUCUGCACCUGCUCACCUGUGCGCAUGAGGAGAACUGUCUCUCCUCCUCUGCCAGUCGUAUGCAGUGGCCGUAUGGGCACCGCCGUCUUCUGCGUUUCUCCUCCCGUAUCAUGAACUUGGGUAGAGCUGACUUCCGUCCACGAGCCUCAAGAGAGUCCUGGACCUGGCACCAAUGCCACAGGCAUUAUCACAGCAUUGAAGUGUUCACACAUUAUGACCUCCUCACACUCAAUGGAAGCCGAGUGGCCGAAGGACACAAAGCCAGUUUCUGUCUGGAAGACACCUACUGCCCUGAUGGACUUCACAAACGCUUUUCAUGUUACAAUUACGGAGAUCAAGGCAUUUCGGUUGGUUGCUGGGACACUUACCGCCACGAUAUCGACUGCCAGUGGAUUGACAUCACUGAUGUCAGACCUGGAGACUACAUCAUUCAGGUUGAGGUAAAUCCGUCCCUGGACAUGGCUGAAUCAGAUUUUAUGAACAACGUCAUGCGUUGUCGAUGUAAAUAUGAUGGACACAGAGUGUUUAUGUAUGGCUGUCAUGCAGGUGAUGCCUACAGUGCUGAAUCUGAGGAUUUAUUUGAACAUCAGCGUCAGAUCAGCAAUAACUUCAUUUGAGCCUGUUAAAAAGAGGUGAGAGGAGAGGAUGUUAAUUAAUUGGUCCCGGAAAUGCGGAUAACAACCUGGGUGAAAGAAAAUAUUUUCUCAGCUGAUCUCAGAACAGUCUUCCAGUAGCACCACUGAGUGGACAAGAUACUGUAUGCUACAUCACUAAACCAUUUUUAAUAUGGAAUUUAGUUAUCUCUAGCAGAUGUUUGGAAAUCAAACAAAAUAAUAUCAUUUAGAGGGUUAGUUCACCCAAAUAUUUGAUUUGGUCAUGAUUUUUUUUCUUAGUAUUUUAUAUUUGACUUUUAGUUUUUGAAUAAAAUACUGGUCGUUCUUUUCCACCCUUAUGCAAUAAAUAUAGACUGGACCUUCAAAAAGUACACACAAAAUAUAUAGAUACAGAUUUGUGAACUAUAUUUAAGACACUGGAUAUCUGUAUUCCUCUCUUGAGUAUGGAUGUCAAUGAAUAAUAGCUUAAUUUUCAGUCUGUCUGUUCCUGACACACAUGGUUUUGUAUCAGAACACUUGGAAUAUAAUUUUGUGAUAUUUUUAUUGUGCACUAUUUGUUAUUUUGAAGUUUGAUAGUUUGUCCAGGUCCUUUUUACUUUCAUUUUACUGAAAAGAGUAGAUGGCAUAUUCCUUAGAAAUUCUCAUUUUUUGUUCCAUAGAAGAAAGUCAUGCGUUAUAGAGUGUCUCUUAAGGCCAAUUCACACUACACACCGACAGACACUGGCUAAUGGCAACAGACACACUGGUCAGGUUAUGACUAUUGAACAUGUUGAAUCUGCAUUUGUCAGGUCUUUGAAUGUCUGAGAAAUUACAUACUGGUCAUUUGUCGGCACUGGUCUGUGGUGCAGAUUGAAUUAGCCUUUAGUGGUCACUGUUUUACUAGUAGACUCUGUUUUCGGAUUAGUGCCCAGGGCUUUGGAAUGAAGUGGUGUGAUCCUUUUGCUGCUCCGCAAAACUCUCACUGGCUCGGUUAGUUUGACAUUCAAUGAAAACCUGUGCGGCAGAGGCCCUGGAUCAGAGCUGCAGGAGUUAGUAAAUAAAGACUGAAUCUGUAUUUUUGGGUGAACUUUUUCUUUAAUUAUCCACCCAGUAACUAGGACAUUUAUUUCAGAGACUAAUUAGCUGCAGUUG